UUUAGCUAAUUUUAAUGAUUAUUCUGAAAUAUAUAAUAUUUAAUCAUAUAUAAUAUAUCAAUUUCAGGUGUGAACACCUCACAAAAUCUCUCUCUAGUCUGAAGAGAGAAUUUUCUCUGAUUUUGUACUUUUGCAUUGUUUAUGAGGUUUGGUCUCCUGGAUCUGCCAGUUCUGCGACAGUUCCUUGCCUUAUCUUGGUAGAGAUAGUCUCCAUCCCUUGACUAGAGUGUAGAUUUCUCCCUAUCCAUCUCUAGAAAGAGUUGUAUAUAUUUGUUUCUUUUGGUUUAUCCUUUUGAGUUGUAAGUGCGAGCUUAAAAGAGAGGAAAAACUAGAGAUUUGCAUUUAUUGCUAUCUUCCCAAGUUGCAGUCCUAUUUCGAUGUUACCCUUCCUUUAUCCUCUGUAGCUAAUCUACCUUUAUGUUUAUACUUGCAAUAGAGUGGCCAUAAAGGCUAUAGGAGAAUAAGAACAUUGGCAGCUCUGCCAUUUAUCACUCUCUGAAAACAUUGGAUACAAUGCCUGAAUCUUCCAAUGUCAAAGCCACCAGGAGGUGUAAAGGCAUAAUGGAUCCUUUUACGUACUUAUUGGCAACCUCUGGUUUCCUUCCAAGAGCUGACCCACUUUUGCCUCUGGGAGAAGUCCGUUGUUUGGAUGGUUUGCAAUCAAACUUUGAGGUUUGGGGUUGUUUUUGCAUGGGAUAUUCCCCUUGGAUACAUCUAAACCGUGUUUGAACUAGUCUUAUUACUUAUAUAAAGGUUAGAUAUUGAUCAUUAAUUGUAGUGAGAUAUAUACAAAAUUUAAUAUAAUCAAUGUUUAUAUUUAAAAUAAAUGUAUUGGAAGAUUUAUCCCGUUCUUGGCGUUGGUGUGUCAUUAGUAUUCUUUGUUAUUGGGCCACUUAGUCUGGGGUUUUCUUGUGGUAUGGGAUUGGAUUUCUGUUUUUAGAGAUGUGGGUUUUAUAUUUGUUUGGUAACUUGUAUAAGUUCAGGCGUUGUCUUUAAUUGGGCUGGCUGAUUUGUUUAAAUCAAACCAUUCUAUGCUUUUAGAGCAGACCAUUCUGGCGAGGCCUUACCCAAAAUGUUCCUAUAUGCCAUUGCUAAUAAGAUUUAAGUCCAUUUCAGCGGAAAUGCAAAGGAACCCAUAACAGAAAUGGAGCAUAGAAACAAAAAGUUGAUGUCAAUUUCCCUUCUCAUCUCCCUUGUCCCAAUUGUCAACGGUAUCUUACCAGAUUUUCCACAGCAGAGUCUUUCCAUCAAACACUUUGUGCUCGUACAUGGGUCAGGCCAUGGCGCCUGGUCAUGGUACAAAAUUGUGGCGCUACUAAAAUCAUCUGGCCACAAUGUCACAGCCAUCGACUUAGCUGCUUCGGGUAUUGAUCUACAGCAAGUCAGCACUCUACGAUCUAUAUCCGAUUAUCACCGGCCGUUGAUGGAGUUAAUGACAUCUCUGGCGGAACAUGAGAAAGUGAUCCUGGUUGGUCAUAGCUUGGGUGGAUUGGCAAUAUCUGAAGCCAUGGAAAGGUUUCCUGAUAAGAUAUCUGCAGCUGUGUUUGUGACUGCGUUGAUGCCUGGACCAUCACUCAGCAUAUCUACUCUUAUUAAUGAGUCAUUAAAUAGAUCAGGUCCUCUGCUAGACAGCAGCUAUAUAUACGGUGAUGGUCCUAAUAACCCUCCAACAGCACUCAGUUUUGGCCCUGUGUUCUUGUCAUCAGUUAUGUACAAGCUCAGCCCAAUUGAGGAUUGUGCAUUGGCGACAACAUUAGUGAGACCAUUUUGCUUGUUUAGUGAAGAAGACAUGUCAAAGAAGAUUAUUCUAACCGCAAAGAAUUACGGAUCAGUUCGUCGAAUUUUCUUGAUUUCUGAAAAAGAUAAGGUUUCUAAAAGGGAUUUUCAACUAUGGAUGAUCCAAAGAAAUCCACCAAAUGAAGUUAUUGAGAUUCUGGGAUCUGAUCAUAUGCUAAUGAUGUCUAAGGCAAGUGAGCUUUGGUGUCAUCUAUUAAGUAUUGCUGGGAAGUGUUCUUAGACACUACCAUUGUUAAUGGAAGAUUGUUGUUGUGCUAUUCUAAUGGAUAUUUGGUUUUAUUU